AUGUGGGUGUUCGAGGAGAUUGUGGGAGGCGAGAAGCUAUCACAAAUUAUCAACACCCGUCAUGAAAAUGUGAAAUACUUGCCAGGAAAAACCAUUCCAGACAAUGUGAUUGCUGUUCCGGAUUUGGUGGAGUCGUGUGAGGAGGCGAACAUUUUAAUCUUUGUUGUACCUCACCAGUUUGUCAGAAAAAUUUGUCAUCAACUUGAAGGCAAAAUUGGCUCGGAUGUGCAAGCCAUCUCGCUGAUAAAGGGCAUUGCUGCAAAACCUGAUCCACGAGAAAAGGGUCUGGCGGCACCAUACGCCGAGAAGCUCGGUGGCGUUAAAUUGAUCUCGGAUGAAAUUAAAGAAAUUCCUAAAUAUUGA